CCCUUGAUAUUGCAAGUGGCAUAGCGCUCCCAGCGGGGCUUCCUAACAAGUCCUCAUCCCUCGACAUCGCCCACUUUGCUACCUUGGCGCCAGACCACUUGAUCUAACGGCGCCGUUCCUGCCGAGUUGUACAACUCUCUUCAACUCUUACUACAGAGCCGCACCGCAGUUUGUUCCUGAGAUGUCGGAACAGUCAACUUCUGCUCCCUACCCGACUGUCGCAGUCUUCGACGUUGACCGCCGGUCAUCGUAUCCAGACGACAUGAGCACCACCAGCAGCACCGGCUCCGUCAGCGACCAGGACGGCCCCAAGGGCGGCGACCCCACCAUGCGCCCGCGCCUGGGAAGCAGAAAGUCCAGCGGCACCAUCAUAAUACCGCGCGACAGUCCCCACGUCGAGCUCAAGGAGGAGGAGUACGACGACGGCGAUGCCAGGACCAUGAGCCCUCGACGAAGCAGCGAGGAGAUUGAGAAGAUGGGCCAGGACGCUCGUCAGGCCUUGAUAGAGCAAGCCAAGCAACUCCAAGCAAGCCUUAUGGAGAUCGUCGACCGUGUAGAGGUUGUCAAGUCAGAACACGAGAAGCUUGAGGGCGGCAACAAGUUCCUGCAAUCAUACAUCGGCGAGCUCAUGCAAACCAGCAAGCUCACCUCCUCUGGUGCUGGCAAAGCUACCAAAGUCAAGGGCAAAGGACGAAUUAUCAAAUAACAGCCAGCGCUCCCAGCCCCUAGGUUACUUGCCUGCAACGAUGGCUGGGGUCGCAGAGCAUACCAAAUCGGCUUUCCACCAGGACCUCAUCGCAUCAUCGACGCGACACGCC